GAAUUCCAAUAUUCCCAAUUCUGGGAAAGUCCAUGCAUUCUCUGCCAUGAAACUCUCAACUCAAAGCGAUAAGAAAUAAACAACAAUUAUAGAGUUAUAGUAGUGCUCCAAGAUGAGUAGAUCUUUCACCUUCCAAAUCCCCAAGGCUUUGCCUUCCAUUUCUCAUUCGCCUUCUCACUGCACAAGAUUCCCUUUCGACAAUAUUACAUCUAAACACAAACCAAUCCACCAUUCCAAGCUUAAUGAUAAGAAACUCAGUGUUGCAAGCAUCAACAUAAAAACAAAUGAUUUCUUUGAUACAAGGAAGACCAGCUUGGCCAUUCAAGUUGCUGCCCUUCUUGCCACGUUUGAGCAGCCAGCAUUAGCUGUUACAGGGGUAAAUAGCGAGCCAGAUCUUAUUAGUGUUAUAAUUCAACUAGGAGUUGUUGCUUUUUGGUACUUCCUUAUCAUGCCACCAAUCAUCAUGAACUGGCUCAGGAUAAGAUGGUACAGGAGAAACCUCUUGGAGAUGUAUUUGCAGUUCAUGUGUGUCUUCUUGUUCUUUCCGGGAGUAUUGCUUUGGGCGCCAUUUCUGAACUUCAGGAAAUUCCCUCGGGAUCCAUCCUUGAAGUAUCCUUGGGAUACACCUAGAGAUCCUUCACAAGUUAAAAAUGCGUAUCUCAAAUACCCCUUUGCCAAGCCUGAAGAAUAUGAUGGGUAAAUUGAUGAAAUAUUUACCAAUAUUCAGAACCCUGGGGUUC